AUGAUCGCACGACUUGGUCUCGUCGGGCUGCUGCUGGCCAGCCACGCCUCGGGUGCCUACGUGCAAUGGCAGAACUGCGACGAAGCCUCCUCUCGAGACGACCCCUUCGCGCCCACGAGUCUCGCAGCCAAAUUGGAACAGCUUGACGGCGGCAACGGCAACAACUUGGAAUUCAGGGUCGGAAGAUGGAUCGAGGAGGUCGACUGCGAGAAAAUCGCCCAGCUUAUGCCCGCCGCGGCUUUGCAGAUUCGGAUGCUGGGACGGUCUUCGGCGUACACGGCCAUGACGAACGCGACCUGUAAGAAACUCAACUUGAAGAACAACAAGUGGGCGAAGAAUAUGGAGAGUCCCGCGAGUUUAUACGUCAACUUCACCACCGAUAUCGGUCGAUUACCUCCGUUAUCCACGUUUCAUGCGACCAUGCAGCUUCAGUCGAACGACUCCGAAGGAAUCAGCUGCCGACAGGCCAACAUCACUCCUGCUCUUCGACCGACCACGAUAUCAGCCAUUAGCUAUGUUUCCUGGGGCAUUUUCUUGUUCGUGCUUCUCGUCGGUAUCAUUCGAACAGCGUACAGCACCCCGAUUACCCUGGACGAGGAAGACGAACGGUCACUUCGGACCGUUCUGCCGAAUGUUGGAGACUGUCUGCAGUACCUCCAGUUCGUUUUCUUGACUGGUGGUCUGAGUCUCCGAUACCCUGGAUUCUACCAACCUGUCGUCAGCAAUCUGAACUUGUUCUCUCUGUUCACCACCGGCCCUGUCACACACGGAGUGACCUACAACAGAGUCGGUGAUGGAAUCUAUGUUAUGAACGGCACAUACGGCGGCACCUUCGGACUGGAACUAAUGACACAGAUCGCCGGCGCCCCGAUGACGAUGGACACCUGGGUGAACAUGGUCGUGCUCAUGAUGAUCAUCGCCUUCGGCUGCGCCAUGGUCAUCGAGGUCUUCUGGUUCAUGAACCGCAGCCGCGACUCCGACAGCGAAUUCCCCCGGUCGGCCGGCGGCAUGCGUCACACCCUCAGCCGCGUCCUCCGGAUCAUACUCUCCUACUUCAUGUUCCCCCUGGCAGCGUUAUCAUUCUACCAGCUCGACCACGCCACCUUCCUGCCCGCGUACCACACGUCUCUCGCCGUCGCCCUCAUCGUCGCCAUGAUGGGAGCCUUCGUCUGGCUCCUCCGCCAGAUCCCCACCCGCAGCCUCGGCGUCUUGGUCUUCGACAGCACCAAGCGGUACCAGCGCAUCGCGCCGUCCGAGAACUACCGCCGCCACGACGAGAAGUUCAUCCUGAUUCUCUUCGUCCUCACUUUCGUCCGGGGCGCCGCGAUCGGCGGGCUGCAGAUCUCCGGCCCCGCGCAGUUGGCAGUCCUCGGCGCGUGCGAGCUCGUUCUGUUGGCCAGCAUCGCCGGGUUCCAGGCCUACUCGACCUUCUCGGUUGGCGCCAUCGCGGCGACUAUGCGUAUUUGCAGCUUGAUCUUCAUGGUGUCUUUCCUGCCCGACCUCGCCAGUCAUGAGAUCAAGAGCGCUAUCGGCUACGUUCUCCUGGCGCUUCACUCCGGUAUGCUCGUGCUAGGCUUCUUCGUCCCAGCCGUCUUCAGUCUCGCGAAACUAAUCAAGAGCUGGUGGACCGCCCCGCGACCUCAUGUCUAUGGACUUCGUCAGCUCCGCCGGCGCGAGGUGUCGCGGACGAAUCUCUCCGAUAUGUACGCCGCUGACUCGACCACCGACACGUCUUACAUGCCGUAUCCCGAACCGGACGCCAUCGAGGAACCUGCCGCGGGCUAUCUCCAUCCGACGUACCGUGCCGACAGCCCUAGCACCUUGCGCCUUGACUCAUCGACCAUUUCAAGCCGAUACUCAAGUCGAUACUACAGAGCGCCCCGCUCGCCUUCAAGAAACACAUCCGUUUCCUCAUUCGACCAUUACCAGAGAGCCUCCAGCAGCGCUUCCCCCCUGUCAUCCGCCUAUCCACCAUCAAGGACGACGUCGACCUGCACCACGGUAGCAGAGAAGCAGUCUAUCAAGCGCUCCGAGUCGACCAUGUCUCCCGGCAGGCUGUCGGAGUCUACAGAAGAUGAGGAAGAGUCCAAUCCUGCAUCCCCCGGCUCCCCGCCGAACGCCACCGGCAGGCCGCUCGGUCCACGAUGGAACGACUACUCCUUCCGCGAGGCAGACCUCUACUACGGAGCUCGGCCGCAACCAGCACAACGAGCUUCGGAAGAGAUCCCUCGACCGCCCGCACCGAAGCCAUCUCUGCGCUCGACGUCUGGCAUCUGGGCAAAGUUCACGGGGCAGCCGAGCGCGGCGGAACAGGGAUUCCAGGUCGUGCGGCCAGCGAAGCCGGAGCAAGGAUUUGUGGUGGUACGGCCCAAUCGGCCAAGUAAUCUCGGCAGUAGCCGCGACUCGGGUUCGACGGAGGGGGACCCCAAAUGA